GGCCAAUAAGUGAAACAUGCUGAGUUUUAAGCUUCACUUGUUAUGAUUGAUCAUGCAAUGUGGGAUGAUGUAAUGCUUUCUAUGCUUUAAAGUAAAUAUAUAAGCAGAAUUUAUACCCACCAGGUUUUCCUGUUCUGCAUUUCUUGCUCGUUCUACCUAUUUGACGUACUAAUAUGAGAGUAAGUUUAUCGUAAUCCAUCACUAUAAGCUUUUGGGUUCGGUACUGAUUAUCAAAUUGAAGCAACAUGAUCCUUACCCCUGUCCACCGAGUCCAGCCAUCUUCCCCAAAAGCAAUGCUUUCCAACAUGCGACACCUAAACCAGAGCAGUCCGGAAGCGCCAAUGGGGAGCAAUCUAAAGAUAGUGUCACCAUCACAGUUCCCCUUUAUAUGACCUUCAAUGGCUUUUGCUAAUUCAUCCUCUGAUUACGCUGUGCGUAACUUCUUUCGAAGCAUACUGAAGACUGAUGGGUUUUUCUCCCUAGAUCAAUACUCACAUUUUACCUAAAAAAGACCCACAUGAUUAAGUUAUUAGUUUUGUUGUGAAUUGGCUGUUUAGAACAGUGUUCAUCCUCCUAAGCCAGAUUAGUACGAGGAUUUCUAUGCGGUUCUGGCUAAUGGCAUGAAAUCGUAUGAUGCUGAGGUCUUCACAUUGUCCUUCUCAUCAUCAUUUAUUUGCUUUAAGUGGUACCUCCGAAAAUCCUGAUUGUGGGAGCUCUACUUUCUCAUAUUCAGAGAGUAGCAAAACAGAACCCACAGCCAAGUUAUGCUCAUCCUCUAAUUGGAACUGCACGAGUUGUUGUUCUUUCAUGCCCAAACCCAUUCAUCCUUUAGACAUUCCUAUGCAAACAUCCUCUGGAGAAGCUUUUGAAUCUACUAAUUUGGUGCAGAGUUUGAUUCUCCUACUCUCCAAAGAGACACCCAACAAUGGUGCAGUGCAAGUAGCAGCAUUGAUUUUGCUGAUGUGUCCGAGCCACUCAAAUCAAUCUUUUAGAGUAUCAUGCGAGUAUCAUGCACGGUGCAACAACUCAAAUCUACCUCUAGCAGAUAUUGUCUUCUUUGGGUUUUUCCCUUUGAGAUUUUCCUCAAGGUUUUUAAAACGCGUGUACUAAAGAGAGGUUUCUAUA